CAUGCAUGUAUUUACGAUCUUCUCGAAUAGAAACAUGAAAGACACAUGAGUUUCUGAAUAAAUUGUUAAACGUCUUACGAGCAAAAUACUCUGUCAAGACUUGGACGAUAGAAGAGACAGUGGUAUAUAAUCUUAACAACAUAGUAGAGGAAGUAUUCUCAUCGGGAUACGAUUAAUGGAAGCGUAUUUCAUGUCAACGUGGCUGCAUUCACCUUGACCGAAGAAAGUGUUACACCGGUCUUUAACCCGUGCCGGUCGAUUCAUGAAUGUACAUUGUACGACUAUAUCGGUGCGUCUACUUUUACCGUAUCGAUCAUUCGAUGCUCGUACUUUGUAAUUGAAUCGCAAUUCGAGUCAGAAACACGGUAUUAGUAGCAAAAAUGUUACGAGAUACUGUUCAGUUUUUUUUCUCACGCGAAAGUAAGAACAAAUUGUUGAAAAGUAGAAUAGAUAACAGAAGAAAGGUGUUGGUUGAUAAUCAUUCUAAACGCGUAACGACAUCGGUGUGAACAUUUCUGCAUAACUAGUUUCUUUCUUCGCUUUGACCAGCAGCCAUAUAAGUGGAACGAUUCGAGAAACCAUGAACGCGGCAACAAUCUUGUUGGUCCUCGUGAUAGGAUUAGCCAACGGUCAAUUGAAUUUCGAGGGUAACCCGUUGACGGAGGAUACCGAGUAUACGGCUGUGGAAUCACGAUUCUCUGAAAAAACUACAGGACGACAGGAAACCACAGUGGACGUGAUCAAUGCCUCGGCAGAAUCUCCUCAAAACAUUCAUCUACUAUUCUCAGACGUUAAAAACUCAUCCCAAUAUGCAAAUCCGAUAGAAACUUCCAUCGAUGAUCAUCCAGUGAAUCAUACAUGGUCGCACCUUGCGAAGCAACAGAAGAUCGUUCAAUCGAGUCGUCAUCUGUCUGCGAAUACGUACAAUCAAGGAAUCGCCUCCGUCAACAAUGUUGAAGUUGCCUUGAACUCUUUUCUUAAUUCGAAGACGCCAGAGGAAUCACGUCUGUCUUUGGACCAUUAUUUACAAAGCCGAGAAACUCCUCAGAAUGCCAAAGCAAUGAUCACCAAUCAACAGCAAUUAACGCAACAGCCAGUAACACGUGUUAAUCAGGAGACCGUGUCUUCUCCGGUGAACCAACACUUGACUGCGCAACUCAUGCAACAAAGGCAGGCGCCGCCAACUUUUCCAGUUGGCCAACCAGCUAAUCAACCGACCUAUGGUGCGCCUGUGAACUCGGUGAAUCUUCGUCCGACUAUGUCAAAUCCGGCAACCGCGUCACUGAUGCAGCAACAGCAUAUGUUACAACCGUACGCAUCCGGAAUUCAAGCAAGGAACGACGUUUACUAUCCUGGGUGGUAUCAACGCGUAAGAAGGGUGCGUGGAAAGCCGUUUCCCUAUGCACAAUCCAGGGGUGGUCCAGGAUUCUACGCCGGUCCGGUUCCUCCAGUGCCGUUCAAGCAGAAAGGCCCACCCGUUGAAGUAAUCUACACGAAGCCACCAGGAUUUCAUCAUGGGCCACCACCUAUCAGCAACCCUCCGGUUCCGUACGAAGACGCUGGUGCUUGGUUCCCUGAAGUUGAUCGUCCACCGCCAACCAAAGAUGUUUACUAUUCUCAGCUAUACGCUCAAUCCUAUGAUCCUUAUUACUACAAUUAUAUCGCCAAAACGGGCAAAAUAAAACCUCAUCUGUACGGCAAAUUAGGUAAGUAUCACGAAGAAGAAGGGGACGGUAUCUGGGGAGAAUUGUAUCGAGGAUUCAAGAAACACGGCCUGAAGAAUAUCAUGACACCGACGUUUCUCUUGGGAAUGACUCUCCCUGUGGUCACUCUGAUGCUCACGGCUCUCGUGCAGAAAAGGUCUCUGUCCAGGUCGGAUUCGAGAGAAUUGACAAUGGAGAACACGAUCCAGGAUUAUUUAGAACAAGUUCAGAAAGCCGUGGAAUGUUACGAGAAGAAACGUAGGAAGAGGAACACGAGUACAGAUGAGUGUUAGAACUAUGAUUGAUUUUAUUAAUUUAUUGAAUUUGGAUAUCGAAUGGGUAAUAGAUGAAAUGGAAGGAUAUCUAAAAAUUUUGUACAUAAUUAGUGUAACAUAUUAACGAGGGAAAUGCUCGUAAGAUUGUGUAGAACAGAGAGUGAUUUCUCUUAGAAAUGAUUCUCUGUCGCAGUCGGUGGUUUAUAGCGAGUGAUUAAUUACAUAAAAUCGCGGUAGACCAUCACGAGAUAUCAAUGGGAAGAAGGUGACAGUGAAACGUCUCUCGCGACGAGAGUGGCUAAACGUGAGAAGAAAACUUUCGCGGGUCAAUUACCUACGACCCUAUUCGCAUCCGCGUGGGUGUGCAACUCGCGGAUAGUAAGAUUAAUUACCAAUGAUAUCGAGCUACUUUUACUUUUCUAAUAAAUUACUCGACCACAAGUGGAUUAGUAGUAGCGGCUUUGAUUAUAAACGAUGCGAUUAGGAAAUACAAAAACGUUGAAACUUUA